ACACAGGAGAGAGCAUCCAUGGUUUCUUCGCAUUCCCUCACGCACCUUCUCCUCGUCCUCUGUUUCCUCUGUUUCCUCUGCGUCCACCCUUCCGCGGCCGCCGGCAAUGACACUGCGCCGGCGGCGUGCGUAGCUACCUCCCUGGGCAAGUGCCACGACAAGGCGGCUUCCCUCCGCCUGAAGUUGAUUGCCAUAGUCACCAUCCUGGUGGCCAGCUUCCUCGGCGUCUGCCUUCCGCUCUUCUCCCGCUCGGUCCCCGUGCUCCGCCCGGACCGAGACUUCUUCUUCGUCGUGAAGGCCUUCGCCUCCGGCGUCAUCCUCGCCACCGGGUACAUGCACGUGCUCCCGGACUCGUUCGAAAACCUCACGUCGCCGUGCCUGCCGGAGGACCCCUGGGCCAAGUUCCCCUUCACCGCCUUCAUCGCCAUGCUCUCGGCCGUCUUCACGUUGAUGGUGGACUCACUCAUGCUCUCGUUCCACAGCAGGAAGGCGGCUGGCGCGGCCAUCGCCGACCACGAGAGCCAGGGCCACGGCGUCGCACCACACGUCCACGGCGGGAUGCCGCAGCUCGAUGUGGAAAGCAAAGCCGGGAAGAAAGCGACCUUGCUUCGGAAUCGCAUAAUAGCUCAGGUGCUGGAGAUGGGGAUCAUAGUUCACUCGGUGGUGAUAGGGCUGUCGAUGGGAGCAUCUAACAACCCUUGCACCAUUCGCCCCCUCGUCGCCGCCCUCUGCUUCCACCAAUUCUUCGAAGGAAUGGGCCUCGGCGGUUGCAUUCUUCAGGCGGAGUACGGGACGAAGAUGAAGUCGAUCUUGGCGUUCUUCUUCUCGACGACGACGCCGUUCGGGAUCGCGCUCGGCAUCGGGCUGUCGAACGUGUACCGCGACAACAGUCCGACCGCGCUCAUCGUCGUGGGCGUGCUGAAUGCCUCCUCCGCGGGGCUGCUCAACUACAUGGCGUUGGUAGACCUCCUCGCCGCCGACUUCAUGGGGCCCAAGCUUCAGGGCAGCGUCAGGCUCCAGAUGUGGGCGUUCCUGGCCGUUCUCCUCGGCGCCGGCGGAAUGUCGCUCAUGGCCAAAUGGGCUUAAUUAGGCUUAAUUAAUUAUCCGCCUUGUUUAAUCGUAUAUUAGAGUGGGUAAAAUAUGAUCGUUUGUACUGGCCUUUUAUUUUAUGUUUUAU